CGGGUUCUGGGCCGCGGCCGGGUGCUGGGCUCCCGCCCCCGGCCGGACCUUAGUGGCUGCAUCUCCCGCUCGGGCGGUGAGGAUCACGCUGGAAAUCGCGGGAGCCGAGCGUGGUGAGCUCAAGAGGAGGUCCAAGUGGCACAGCAAUGAUCAGAGACCUUACUGGGAGUGAGCAGCCUCUGGCUGCAUAGGGGCCCGUGGGCUUAGCUGUCUGGUGCUCCCAUGGAGACGGGAGGCCCUGGGGUGAACAGUAUGAAGCCCCACGCGCUGCAGCUGGUGCUGGAGGAGCAGGUACUAGCGCUGCAGCAACAGAUGGCGGAGAACCAAGCAGCCUCCUGGCGGAAGCUGAAGAGCUCCCAGGAGGCCCAGCAGAGGCAAGCAAGCCUCGUGAGGAAGCUGCAGGCCAAGGUGUUGCAGUACCGGACCUGGUGCCAAGAGCUGGAGAAGCAGCUGGAAGCCACCGGGGUGAGGGAGGCUGUUUUGUGUUCCCCGGAGUCCUCAGGGACUAUACCUGGACCAACCCCUCAGAGGUGGGAAAGCGUGGAGGAGCCGAACCUGGAGCAGCUGCUGGUCCGAUUAGAGGAGGAGCAACAGAGGUGUGAGAGUCUAGCAGAGGUGAACACCCAGCUUCGACUGCACAUGCAAAAAGCUGACGUGGUGAAUAAAGCACUUCGGGAAGAUGUGGAAAAACUGACAGUGGACUGGAGCCGAGCCCGGGACGAGCUAAUGAGGAAGGAGAGCCAGUGGCAGAUGGAGCAGGAGUUCUUCAAGGGCUACCUGAAAGGGGAGCACGGUCGCCUUCUUGGUCUGUGGCGGGAGGUGGUGACCUUCCGACGUCACUUCCUGGAAAUGAAGUCAGCUACUGACAGAGACCUGACGGAGCUCAAGGCUGAGCAUGUGAGGCUUUCAGGGUCCCUGUUGACCUGUUGUCUGCGCUUGACUGUGGGCGCCCAGUCUCGCGAAUCUGAUGGAUCUGGGAGACUGGAUGGGAGUGAGCCAACCCAGCUGCUGCUUCUACUAACCAAGACCCAGGAACUGGAGAAGGAAGCCCAUGAAAGGAGCCAGGAGUUAAUACAGCUGAAGAGUCAGGGCGAUCUGGAGAAGGCUGAGCUGCAGGAUCGGGUGACCGAGCUCUCUGCCCUGCUGACCCAGGCUCAGAAGCAAAAUAAAGAUUAUGAGAAGAUGUUAGAGGCUCUGAGAGAGACUGUGGAGAUCCUGGAGGCAAAUCAUGCAGAAUUAAUGGAACGCGAGUCAUCUCUCAGCAGGAAUGCCCAAGAGGAGAAGCUGUCUUUACAGCAGGUGAUCAUGGAUAUAACCCAGGUACUGGUCAUGGUGGAAGAACGGGACAAUAUGGCCCAAGGCUGUGGUCAAGAUUGCUCCUUGGAGUUGGACGCUCGUGGCUUCUCCUCGCAGUUUGAUUCCCAGGACCCAGACAAGGCCCUUACUCUGGUGCGUUCAGUGGUGACUCGAAGACGCCAGGCUGUGCAGGACCUGAGGCAGCAGCUUUUGGGCUGUCAGGAAGCUGUGAGCUCCUUGCGGCAGCAGCAUAAUCAGUGGGAGGAGGAGGGCGAGGCCUUGAGACAGCGGCUGCAGAAGCUCACCGGGGAGCGUGACACUCUGGCAGGGCAGACCGUGGACCUCCAGGGAGAGGUGGAGUCUCUCAGCAAGGAGCGAGAGCUCCUGCAGAAGGCCAGGGAGGAGCUGCGGCAGCAGCUGGAGGUGCUGGAGCAGGAGGCGUGGCGGCUGCGGAGGACAAACGUGGAGCUUCAGCUGCAGGGGGACUCUGCUCAGGGUGAGAAGGAGGAGCGGCAGGAAGAGCUACACCUGGCCAUCCGUGAAAGGGAGCGCCUUCAGGAGUCACUGGCGGGCCUGGAAGCCAAACAGUCAGAAUCGCUCAGUGAGCUGAUCACUCUUCGGGAGGCCCUGGAGGCAAGUCGCCUGGAAGGAGAGCUGCUGAGGCAGGAGCAAACAGAAGUGACUGCGGCGCUGGCCAGGGCAGAACAGUCCGUUGCAGAGCUGUCGAGUUCUGAGAACAGCCUGAAGGCCGAGGUCGCCGAUCUUCGGGCUGCCGCUGUCAAGCUCAGUGCCUUAAAUGAGGCUUUGGCCUUAGAUAAAGUUGGAUUGAACGAGCAGCUUCUCCAGUUAGAACAGGAGAACCAGUGUGUGUGCAGCAGAAUGGAAGCAGCAGAGCAAGCGGGAAACGCUUUGCAGCUGGGCCUGGCAGAGGCCGAGAGGAGCAGGGAAGCCCUUCAGGAACGGAACAUUCACCUGGAGGCUCAGCUGCAGAAGGCGGAGGAGAGCGGGGCUGAGCUGCAGGCCGAUCUCAGGGGCAUCCAAGAAGAGAAGGAAGAAAUUCAAGAGAAACUAAGUGAGGCACGUCAUCAGCAGGAGGCAGCCUUAGCUCAGCUGGAGCAGCUGCAUCAGGAGACAAAGCGACAGGAAGAAGUGCUUGCCCGGGAAGUCCAGGAGAAGGAGGCCCUAGUACGGGAGAGAGCAGCCCUUGAGGUGCGGCUGCAGGCUGUGGAGCGAGACCGGCAGGACCUCUCUGAACAACUACUGGGGCUCAGUUCAGCCAAGGAGCAACUGGAGAGCAGUCUGUUUGAGGCCCAACAACAAAAUUCUCUGAUAGAGGUCACCAAGGGGCAGCUGGAGGUCCAGAUUCAAACGGUCACUCGCGCCAAGGAAGUCAUUCAAGGGGAAGUGAGGUGCCUGAAGCUGGAACUGGACACCGAGCGGAGCCGGGCAGAGCAGGAGCGGGAGACAGCAUCCAGUCGGCUGGCCCAGGCUGAGCAAGAGGGGCAGACUGCCCUGCAGCAGCAGAAGUCCGCCCAUGAGGAGGAGGUGAACCGGCUCCAGGAGAAAUGGGAGAAGGAGCGCUCCUGGCACCAGCAGGAACUGGACAAGGCCCUGGAGAGCCUAAAGAGGGAGAAAACAGAGCUGGAAAUGAGGCUGCGGGAACAGCGGGCAGAAGCCGAGGCCAUCCGGACGCAGAGGGAGGAAGAACGGGCGGAGGCGGAGAGCGCCCUCUGCCAGAUGCAGCUCGAAACAGAGAAGGAGAGGGUGUCCCUCCUGGAGACGCUGCUGCAGACCCAGAAGGAGCUGGCAGAUGCCAGCCAACAGCUGGAGCGGCUGAGGCAGGACAUGAAGGUUCAGAAGUUAAAGGAGCAGGAGACCACUGAGAUGCUGCAGACCCGGCUCCGGGAAGCUCGGCGGGAGCUGGAGCAGGCAGGCCAGCGGAACAGAGACGCCCUUGCUGCCCUCCAAGAAGAGUGCAGGGCCCUGCAGCAGGCUAAGAUGGACCUGCAGGAGCAGGUGGAGGACUUGAAGUCUCAGCUGGUUUCCAGGGAUGAAUCCAGGAGGCUGGUGGAGCAGGAGGUUCAGGAGAAGCUGAGGGAGGCCCAGGAGUAUAGCCGAAUGCAGAAGGAGCUGGAGAGAGAGAAAGCCAGCCUGACUCAGUCGCUGAUGGAAAAGGAAGAGAGGCUCCUUGUUUUACAAGAAGCUGACUCUGUUCGACAACAAGAGCUGAGCUCCCUGCGCCGGGACAUGCAGGAGGCCCAGGGAGGGCAGAAGGAGCUCAGUGCCCAGGUGGAGGUCCUGAAGCAGGAGGUGAAGGAGAAGGAGACUGACUUUCUGGCUCAGGAAGCACAGCUGCUGGAGGAGCUGGAGGCGUCUCGAGUAACAGAGCAGGAGCUGCAAGCUUCCCUGCGGGCCCUGGAAGCCAGGGCAGCCCAAGUCCAGCUCCGACUGCACAGCACAGAGAAGCAGCUAGAGGCGCUGGUGGCAGAGCGGCGGUCUGGGCACCAGGCCCAGGCCCAGCUGGCCAGCCUCUGUUCUGUCCUGCAGCAGGCCUUGGGGUUCGCUUGGGACAGCCAGCCUGAGCUGCGCGGCGGGGGAGACUCUGCUUCCCUCUGGGGCCCUGAGCCAGACCAGAAUGGAGCUAGGCUCCUCCUUAAGAAAGGGCCCCUCCUGACAGCCCUGUCAGCUGAGGCGGUGGCAUCUGCCCUCCAGAAGCUUCACCAAGACCUGUGGAAGACUCAGCAGGCCCGGGACGACCUGAGUGAGCAGGCUCUGAAGCUGGAACAGCGUCUCGCUGAUGCAGAGGCCGAAAAAAGUCAGGUCUGCACAGAAUUGCAGGAUUUGCAGAGACAGCUCUCCCAGAACCAGGAAGAGAAAUGCAAGUGGGAAGGAAAGCAGAACUCGCUGGAAUCCGAGCUGACGGAGCUGCACGAAGCUGUGGCAUCAUUGCAGGGUCGUCUGCGGCAAGCAGAGCUGCAGGGACUGGAGACCCAGAAGGAGCGAGGGCUCCUGCAGGCAGCCAAGGAGAACCUGACAGCACAGGUGGAACGUCUGCAGGCAUCUGUGGUGGAAGCCAGGGCUCAGGCCAAUGCUGCCGGGGCUCUGGAGGAGGACCUGAGAACUGCUCGCUCAGCCCUGAAACUCAAGAGCGAGGAAGUGGAAACUGAGCGUGAGCGAGCCCAGGCUCUGCAGGAACAGGGCGAGCUGAAGGUGGCCCAUGGGAAGGCUCUGCAGGAGAAUUUAGCUAUCCUGGCCCAGACCCUAUCCGAAAGGGAAGGGGAGAUGGAGGCUCUGCGGGGAAAUAUCCAGGAACUGGAGAAGCAACGGGAGAUGCAGAAGGCUGCUUUGGAAGUGCUAUCUCUGGACCUGAAGAAGAGGAACCAGGAGGUAGGCGUGCAACAAGAACAGAUCCAGGAGCUGGAGAAGUGCAGGUCCGUCUUAGAGCACCUGCCCCUGGCCGUCCAAGAGCGGGAACAGAAGCUGGUCGUGCAGAGGGAGCAAAUCAAAGAGCUCGAGAAGGAUCGAGAGACCCAGAGGAGCAUCUUGGAGCAUCAGCUUCUCGAACUUGAGAAGAAGGCCCAAGUGAUAGAGUCCCAGAAAGGACAGAUUCAGGAUCUGAAGAAGCAGCUGGUUACUCUGGAAUGCCUGGCCCUGGAACUGGAGGAAAACCAUCACCAAAUGGAGUGCCAACAAAAGGCCAUCGAGGAGCUGGAGGGCCAGAGGGAAAUGCAGAGGGUGGCUCUGACCCACCUGACACUGGACUUGGAGGAGAGGAGCCAGGAGCUGCAGGCCCAGAGCAGUCAGAUCGACGAGCUGGAGAGCCACGGCACCCUGCUGGCACAAGAGCUGCAGGACAAGGACCAGGAGCUGAAGUGCCAGCGACAACAGAUCGAGGAGCUGCAGAGGCAGAAGGAGCGUCUGGCUCAGGACCUGGAGAGGAGGGACCAGGACAUGCUGCUCCAGACGGAGAGGAUCCGGGCCCUGGAAGACCAGAGGACGCUGCAGACCAAGAUCCUGGAGGAGGACCUGGGACAGAUCAAGCUGUCGUUGAGGGAGCGAGGCCGGGAGCUGGCCUCCCAGAGGCUGCCAACGCCAGAGCGGGCAGAGGAGGGGAAGGGCCCGGGUAAAGCACAGCGCGGAAGCCUCGAGCACAUGAAGCUGAUCCUGCGGGAUAAGGAGAAGGAAGUGGAGUGCCAGCAGGAGCGCCUCGGAGAGCUGAGGGAGCGCAAGGACCAGCUGGAGCAGGAGCUCCAGGACCUACACAGGAAGGCGGGUGAGACCAGCGUCCUCCUGAGCCAGCGAGAGCGGGAGCUGGUGGUCGUGCAGCAGCGUCUGCAGGACGCCAGGGAACGGGCGGAGCUGAAAGAGCAGUCGCUUCAGGGUCACCUGGAAGAGGCGCAGAGGGCCCUGGCUCAGAGGGACCAGGAGCUCGAGGCCCUGCGGCACCAGCAGCAGCAGGCUCGGGAGCAAGAGGAGACGACGAAGGAGAAGGCAAGCGCGCUGCGGAGCGCCCUGGAGCGGGCCCACGCCGACCUGCGGGAGCGCCAGGGAGAGCUCGAGGGCCACAGGGAGCACGUGCAAAGGCUCCAGGAUGAGCUGGCCGUGGAGGGACAGCGCGGGCAGGCCCUGGAGGAGGUGUUGGGUGCCCUCAGGGCUGAGUCUCGGGAGCAGGGGGAGGAUCUGCUGGCCCUCCAGCAACAGUGUGCCGAGCGGGCCCAGGAGCACGAGGCGGAGGUCAGGGGCCUGCGGGACCGCCUGCUGCGGGCGGAGGCCAUGCUCAAGGAACGGGACCAGGAGCUGGAGGCCCUGCAGGCAGCCGGCCGCUCCUCCCAGCGGCGGGAGGAGACUGCCCGGGACCAGGCCGAGGCUCUGCAGGAGGCCCUGACCAAGGCUCAGGCCGCCCUGCAGGAGAAGGAGCAGCGGCUGCUGGGGCAGGCGGAAUUGAGCCGCAGCCUGGAGGCCAGCACGGCCACUUUGCAGGCUGCCCUGGACUCCUGCCAGGCGCAGGCCCGGCAGCUGGAGGAGGCCCUGCGGAGACGGGAAGGCGAGAUCCAGGACCGGGAUCUCCAGCACCAGGAGGCCGUGCAGCAGCUCCAGUGGGCACUGGCCCAGAGGGACGAAGAGCUGAGCCAUCAGAAGAGGCAGGGGCAGCUGCUAGAGCAGUCUCUGGCCCAGAGGGCCCGAGAAGAUGCCAUCCAAGAGAAGCAGGCUCUGGGCCGGGAGAGAGAAGAGGAAGAGGUGCGGGGCCUUCGUGAAAGCCUGAGGGAGUUGCAGCUGACUCUAGCCCAAAAGGAAGAGGAGAUUGUGGGGCUGAGGGAGGCCCAGCAAAGGAAGAAUCUGGAGGACUCACCCCACAACCACACAGCCUCCCCAGCGGAGGAGCCCUCUACAAACUUUGACACUUUAGGACCCCGGCUGCAGCAUGAGCUGGAGCGACUGCAGGCAGCACUGAGGCAGACAGAGGCCAGUGAGAUCGAGUGGAGGGAGAAGGCCCAGGACUUGGCUCUGUCCCUGGCCCAGAGCAAGGCUAGCGUCAGCAGCCUGCAGGAGGUAGCCAUGUUCUUACAGGCCUCUGUUCUGGAGCGGGACUCAGAACAGCAGAAGCUGCAGGAUGAGUUGGAGCUCACCAAGCAGGCUCUAGAGAAGGAGCGGCUCCUCAGCCCUAGCUCAACCAGCAGAGCGGAACGGGGGCCCAGAGAAGAGGUGUCAGGAGUAGAGGCUGAGCCUGGUCUCGGCACGGAGGAGAGGCAGCUCUGGGGACAAAGGCUGGAACACCUGCAGGAAGCCGUGGCGCAGCUGGAGAUUGACCGGAGCAGGCUCCAGCGCCACAACGUCCAGCUGCGGGUCACCUUGGAGCAGGUGGAGCGCGAGCGCAGGAAGCUGAAGAGGGACUCCAUGCGCGCAUCGAGGCCCAGCGUCCCGGAGGUCAGGGAAGCCACAGCUUCACCCCCCACACAGCAGGAUGGAAGGGGAGGACAGAAGGGCUCCUCAGAUGCCAAGCACAUUGCUGAACUGCAGAAAGAGGUGGCCCUGCUGCGAGCCCAGCUGGCCUUGGAGCGGAAGCAGAGGCAGGACUACAUUGCUCGCUCGGUGCAGACCAGCCGUGAGCUAGCGGGCCUGCACCACAGCCUCUCCCACUCACUGCUGGCCGUGGCCCAGGCCCCUGAGGCCACCGUCCUGGAAGCCGAGACCCGCAAGUUGGACGAGUCCCUGACUCAAAGUCUGACAUCCCCAGGGCCGGUCCCGCUGUGCCCCAGCCCCAGCACUACCCAAGCCAUCUCCAGAUAGCGGCCACAGUCAGGGCAGGAUCCGGGCCAGCCUGGGACUACACGGACAGACAAAUGGUUGUCGUGGCCCAAGGAGGAGGGAAGGAAACCUGCAAGGCUGGGGCAAGGCCCCGGCUCACAUGGGAAUGAGGCAAGUCACAGCUGCCUGGGGCCCACAGAGUCACCUAGAGGAGUUUCGCUCUGGCCAAGGGGCGUCUGCUGCCUCUUGUCUCGAAUAUAUUAUCGCAGCACCUCACUGAAUCUUUCUCCUCCCCGCCAACAAUAAACCCCGCAUCUCUGCCUUUGCUCCCUGCUGCUGUCUCCACUUCGUCACCGGGCCACCACAGCACAGCAGGGCAUCUGCGAAGGAAGGAUUUGCUAAAGAUUCCUGUCAGGUGGCAUGAAUUUGCUGUCUGCCUGCAUCCUGACAGAAGGCAACAAGACAAAGCCCCCGUCCACAGGGAGCUUGAGGCCAGUUGGCAAGAGCACUCAUCAAUGAGUCACAGACCGUUCUCUGUGCUGACAAGAAGUGCAUAGAAAUUCCGGGGACCGAGGAAGGAAGGCACGAGCUGACCGUUGAAGGAUGGAGGAGUCUGGCGGGGUUGCUAAUCUUGUUGGUGAGAUGGGUCGGCCUGUGGCAGAGCGUGCUGGGGCUGAGGUUGGAUGGGGAGGCAGGGAGAUUAUAGAGGGCCUUGGGAUCUAGAUUUGAACUCGUGGAUAAUGAGAACCAUCAUAUGUUCUUGACUUAAAACAAGUUCUAGGGCUUCAAAAACACUGAGUUGACCUUUGGCUAGUCGGUCUCUGGAGUUCAGACACUCCAUCUGGCCUCAUCCCCCUUCUGCUCUGGGUGAAUGCCCUUGGCGUCCCUUCCUGGGCAUUCCAACGGGGACCAACUCUGGUCCCCUGUAAUCCAGCCACGUGUCGAGCCAAUAAAGAGGAUAGACAAUGGCAGAAUUCGUCACUUAUGGACUGACCCUGGUGGAGGCACCCUGGACUGAACCUCGUUCACUGGCUUAAGACAUUGUUGGCAACUUCUUCGAAGCCUAAGAGAACAGUUUUCUUUAAAGAAGCUGGGCUUGGCCUUCCUCUGGCCCUUCAACUGUAAUCUGGAAUUUCCUAAGCCUAAGGAUGGAGCUAAGGCCCAGUUAAGAAUGGGGGGGUCUGAGAGCAGCACUCCACUCCCCCAAACCUACUUACUCAGGGUUCAGGCCCCUCGUAUUCCAUCGCAUCACACAGAGCGCAUGGGGGGGCUGUUCACCACAGCCAAAGCUUUGUUUCAAAAACUCAUGGUAUGGGACUCCGCAACAGAUGCUUAGUAAAAAGUUGCAGUUUAGAACCCCCUCCCCCAGAACUAGAUCUGGGGCCCCAGAGAUGCUGGGCUCUGGGCGCCACCUCUAGUCAGUUUCUCUGUGACUGAGAAUCCUCACCUGGCCUUUUCUGUGCUCGGAGUUCUCAAGGACAAACAGGACUUCUCUUGGUUCCUUACUUUUUGGUCCUUUGCCUCCAGUUCUUUAGCUUAGAGAAGAGUGUGGACCUUCCAGACAGGACCCAACCUUGCCUAAGGGCAUCGGGCCAGAGCUUCCUCUCCUUCUCCUCAUCACAUGCCACAGCGAGUCGGUGGUUCGGAAAUGUCCCUGACCAACUAGGUCUUGUGGAUGUACUUGAGGACGGUGAAGUUGGUCACUAGAACCCUGAGGGAAAAGGUCAGAGCUGAGCGCAGAGGUCUCCUUUCACAAAAUUUUCUCCUCCCACCUCUUCCUCAUCUGUUUUGCUAGAGGCUGGUACAGGCCAGAAAGUCCUGAGAGUAGGAGGGGACAAGAGCUGAGCCAGAGUCUGGGCCACGUUCUUGUUCCUGGGGAGUGCCUGGGUCUGGUGGGAGCAGCACCCCAUUCUCUCAACAAGUCUCCGAACUUGGCGUGUUAGAACAAGGAUCACCAGAGCACAACCUAAUUACCUUGCCUCCUCUGCUUCCCUACUUGGGACUAGCAGCAGCUUAAAGGUAGAAAAGCUGCCUAGCAUGAGGUAGGGAAGGAAAAAUUGGUUGUAUGUUAGCAAGGGUGGUGGGGAGCGCACAAUCACAGGCGGUAGAGUGAUGGCAAGAUCAACAUUUACACCAAAAAGCCAAGGGCUGUCGGCUCCAGGCCUGGGGCCUCCGCCAAUCACACCACCUGAUGAAAGUUGCCCUUGUCCGCCUUGGCUCAAGACCCCUGCAGUCCACACUACAUCUGGAGGCUUCAGCAGCGCCUGGAUAUUCUUGCCAGCUCACGAGCGUUCUCGGGUCCUUUAUGUGCCCAUAGGCUCUGUUUGUUGCCCGUGUUCCCUGAACCUAAAAACGGGGCCUGGUUCAUUCUGCAGAGACAGGAAGUCAGGAGGGCACUGGGGCUCACAGGCCAGCCCUGCUCACCACCCUCACCCCCCCACCCCGGGACACAGUGUGGUGCUCAUCGGAGGAGGUCCCAUGGCUCGAAGACUGCAGACUCCCCGAGUCCCGCACUGUUCAGUGCAGGACUGGCGUGGGCAGGUCUUGGAGUUUUGCUGCGGCCUGGGGAUCAGCUGAAAUAGUUCCUCCUUGGCCUGCUGGCCUGGGUUGGGUCUCCCAGCGUUGGUGCCUGUGGAGAAGAGCACAGACCACUAGCCGCUUGACCUCCAUGUUCUCACACAGAGGAGGCUGGACUUCAUCGGAGUAGAGAAAGGAGUCAGGGAGGAGAUAGAGCCCAGGAGCUCUGGAGAUGGUGGUCUCCAGCUUCAUGAGGAGCUUUGGGGCCCAUCUGGAAGCACUGGUCAAACGAGGCACACAGCCUGCCGGUGAAAGCAGGCUAUGCAGAUGCAGCGCCGUGGUGAGCAACCUCAGAGCCUCUCCAGCUCUGGGGCCCCUGAGAAGCACCUGUGGGGGUGGGGAUACUUCACCCACAAAAGCAUCAGGGCAACUCCCAGGCUAAGACUUUGCAUGCAGGCCUCCUCUCAGCCCAUGAAUAGGUCCCUUUUCAGCCAGCUGGUUGUUGAAUUGGUCUUUGGACAGGGGACACCUUCAUGCGUUGUGUCCCCCCACCCCCAGCCCACACUACCUCACCUCCUACCCCGUGACCACUGACCACCUGUUCACUCCCCAGGCCCGGGGAAGGGAGCAGCUGAGCUCCGUGCAAACGCUAGCCCUGAAGAGCGGGGGUUUGUGGCACAAGGAGGCAGGGGCGCACGGAGGCGGGGGGCCGGAAGAGCAGGGGCAGUGGCGCGUGGAGGCGGGGGAUCGGAAGAACAGGCAGGGGUUGGGAAGAGCAGGGGCAGUGGUGCGCGGGGGCGAGGGGUUGGAAGAGCAGGGGCAGUGGCGCGCGGAGGCGGGGGGCCGGAAGAGCCGGGCUGUCUGUGCCUCAAGCAGCGACGUCCCCUGUGUGAUCCUCCAGCACAGUGGGGAAGGAGUGCAAGCUCAGCUCUGCUCACCACACUUAGAACAUGAAGAACAUAGGGUCUUAUUUGGGGCCCUGGAAUUUCCUCCCGUCUACCCUGCUGGAACCCGGGUUUGCCUAGACCCCGAUGGAGGGGAGGCUCAGGAGGGAGGCUCCUCCAGAGAAGGUAGAGCUGUGCUCCCGGGUCCCAUGGGUCUCACCCAGUUCGUUUAUAUGGGUAACCUGUCACGGUGUGGACAUGGUGAUCUUCCUUCUUAGUCCUUUGUUAACCAAUGUUAGCAGCUUCUUAUAUGCCUUCGUGAGGCCCGAAGCUUGACACAGGUGGGAAGUCUUGGCGGUAAAAAGGUGAAUGAGUCAGGGGUCCAAGGAGAGUGCGUUUCCCCGCUAGCGCGGUGCAUCGUGUCCCACUGAGAGUGGCUGCUCUCUGAUCUCAGCACAUGGCCUUGCGUGUGGAGGCGGGGAGGGAGAUGAGAACUUGUAUUCAAAUUUGGUUCUUCCUAAUUACUGCUAGUUGUUGAGGUGAGGGAAUCAGGGAAGGCUUUUAUCCGGUGCCUGAUAAUCCAUACAUCACUCUUAUACCUCCUAUCUUGGUUUCCUGUCAUAGUCUCUCCUAGAUCUGAGUAUUCCAACCCUACCCGGCACUCCAAGAGUCUAAGGCUCGUGGCAGGCCAAGACUAGCCUCACAUUCUAGCUGGCUGAUUCCCUGGCCUUCUGCUGUCGCACUGUGGCUUAACAAGUUGUACUGGAGUGGAUGUAACUCCCUUCUCUGUGUAAGGGCCCACCUCUUGUCUGCCCAACUCCAAAUAUAGAAACCUUGUGGAGAAAAUGGGCUGCUUGCUGCCCCUGCCCCUAAUCCAGCUCUUCAUUCACCUGGCAAAUACUCCUUAAACCUGCGUGUCACAAAGCUGCACAAUGAGCACUGAAAAGAGGAGCUCUUCUCCAGGGAAGGCACGCCUGGACAUAUACAAACACUCGCAGAAUGACCUGGAAGUCCAGAAGAGACUCACUGGCUGCUCGUUGAAGCCAGAGAAAGUGUCACAGAACAUCUUGGUGGACGAGAGGGCUGGAGAGCCCUUUCAAAGUGUUUCCAAGCUGAUUGGAUGGAUACCCUGGGUUUAUGGGGUCCAGGAGUGCACCUGUGGGUCCCAAGAACAAUGGCAGGCUCUUGGAGCUCUAACCAGCUAAACCGCUCAAGUCAGACCUUCCUGACCAGAGCAGAAGCAUCAGCCACAGGUGAACAUCAAGGCAGCCCAUGAGCCUAAAAUCCACCAUGAAGGCUUCAUUACUGUCCCACGCUCAAGGCCAAGUGGCCGGCUGACUCAGACACCAAACACUGGGAAAGGUAGGAAGCUGUGGUCACAGACUUCACCAGCACCCCACUGCGCUGGCCACCUCCUUCACGGUCACCUGCUAAACUCUACAGGAUUCGCCCCUGGAGGCUGAGGGGAGGGAGGGGAGAGGCAACAUUUGGUGUAUCCUGUGGCCUCCCUGGAGGAGAAGGGGCUGAUGCCCCAUGGGGUUCUUCAUGCCAGCCCGGUAUCAGGGACCGCACCACACAGGUCACAUUGUGAAUUCUUGCAUGGAGGCCUUGUGGAUAACCGCCUUCCCCUUGGCAUUCAGCCCAGGGCCCAGCAGACAAGGGAGGGCUUGGAAAUCAAGUGUAAUGGGGACGGGAAUAAAACAGGCAAGACUGUGUGCCAAGGCCGGUGUGGGGCACCUCUCUGAGAUGGGGGCCUCUCUUGCUGGUGCAGCGUUGCUGGGCAGGAGGCAGACAAGGGAAAGGAAGAGCCUCCUGGCCCCUCGUGAGAAAAGAAUCUACAGAAAAACUUCGUGAUGUGGUUAAAAGUACAUUUCUGUC